AUACUUAAAACUUUCUCCUUAUUUUUCUCAAUUUCCCUUUUGAGGAGAACAAAAAAACCAAACACAAUGUCUGUCAUCGACAUUCUCUUCCGUGUCGACGAGGUUUGCAAAAAAUAUGACAAAUACGACAUUGACAAACAGCGUGAACAGAACGCUUACGGUGAUGACGCAUUCGCUCGUGUCUAUGCCGUGGUUGAUUCCACCAUUCAACAAGCUCUCAUUAAAUCUGAGGCUGCUGCUAAGGAGAGUAACAGGGCAGUUGCUGCAGCUUGGAAUGCUGAGGUUCGUAGAGCCAAGGGGCGAUUGAUGGACGAAGUUCCUAAACUUCGUAAGCUCGCUAAUAAGAAGGCUAAAGGUCUAACAAAGGAAGACAUAGCCAUUCGUCAAGAUCUUGUUCUUGCAUUGCCAGAAAGAAUCCAAGCAAUACCAGACGGCAUUACAUCUGCUGCUAGUCAUACCGGAGGAUGGGCAGCUACAUCAGCUCAUCCGCAUAUCAAGUUUGAUUCACCAGAAGGACCUGUUGACAGUGAUUAUUUCAGUCAUAGUGAAGAAUCCAGUCAGUUUCGAAAUGAAUAUGAAAUGCGCAAGUUGAAACAGGAUGAAGGGCUUGAUAUCAUAUCAGAAGGAUUAGAUACUUUGAAAAAUCUAGCACUUGAUAUGAAUGAGGAAUUGGAUCGGCAAGUUCCUUUAAUGGAUGAAAUUGACUCAAAGGUGGAUAGGGCAAACAGUGAAGUGAGAAACACUAACUUAAGGCUGAAGAAAACUAUCACCGAGAUGAGGUCCAGUCGAAAUUUCUGCAUCGACAUCACUCUAAUGUGUGUUCUUCUGGGAAUCAUUAUGUGGUUAUACAAGUAA